CCUCAAAACCCUGUCCAAAAACCCUAGCCGCCUCUCCAACCAAAGCGCGCGAACUCCCAGCUCAGCGGCGGCGGCGGCGGCGGCGGCGAGGAGGGGAUCGCAGUCCUGCGAUGGGGAGCGACACGGAGGCAGAGAAUAAGAGGGCUCCGGUGGCCCUGGCCCCCAUCGCGAAGCCGCUUGCGGGCAAGAAGCUCUGCAAGCGGACCCUCAAGCUCGUCCGCCGAGCAUCUGAGGCCAAAUGCUUGAAGCGAGGAGUCAAGGAGGUUGUCAAGAGUAUUCGCCGGGGGAACAAGGGAUUGUGUGUGAUUGCUGGCAACAUUUCUCCCAUCGAUGUAAUAACUCAUGUUCCAAUACUCUGUGAAGAAGCCAAUAUUCCUUACGUAUAUGUUCCGUCAAAAGAGGAUCUCGCGACCGCUGGCACCACCAAGAGGCCUACCUGUUGCGUGCUGGUGAUGACCAAGCCAGCCAAGGGUGAGCUUGAGGGUGAGGUCAAGGAGCAACUCAAGACGGACUACGACCAGGUCACGUCUGAAGUCGCCGGGGUCACGUCAGCGAUGUUUUAAUCUAAGCAAACUCACGGGGCCAACAGAGGCGCCGAACCGGCAUCCUUUCGUUCCCUUUCUGUAAUUCUGUAGAGUGCCAGUGUGGCCUAUCAGAAUAUCACUCGCCUUCCUGUACGAACCCGUUAGAUAUGUGCCUUUUUUUACUCUCUAUGAACUUGUGGGAUAAUGCCAGUUCUUAGCAUACUAGCAGCAUCCUUUUUAUUUUUUUGAAAAUUUAGCAGCAUCUGUUUACCUU